GUGUGUGUAUGUAUGUCUAUAGUAUAAUUAUGUGCAUGUAUUUGUGGCUUGUUUCCAAACCAAUUAGAGGGAUGUGGCGAAUCACACAAGGUCCAUCAUAUCACAUGCAUGUCAUAUCAUGCACCCCACAAAACAUGUGCUACUAAAAAUGGCCAGCAUAGAGUUGCCAGUAGCUGAGGAGUUGAGUUGUAGUGUGUGUCUGAGUGGUUUCAGAGAGCCCAAAGUGUUGCCAUGUUGCCACAGCUUCUGUCUCCAUUGUCUGGAGGGAGCUCACGAGAAGACUAAAGACCACCUCACUUGUCCUCAGUGCAGGGCACAGCAUCAAGUGCCUCCUAAUGGAGUGAAGGGGUUUCUGAAUGACUACACUUUAAUACCAAGCAAGGAGGACACACACACCCCGGCCACUUGUCAGCAGUGCGAGGAUAACAACAAUGCAGUGGCUUAUUGCAACACUUGCUCCCACAUCUGCAAUAAUUGUCUAGCAGCUCACAAACGAUACAAGACGUUUAGUUCGCACAAAAUUGUAAGUCAUGAACGUGGUAACGGGGAAAACGAAAGUAAGUUCCAGCCAAAGAAGACGUACUAUUGUGCCAUCCACCCAGAGGAGAAUCUCAAGGUUUACUGCAAGUCAUGUCAAAUGUUGGAUUGUGUACACUGUUUUGUGAAGAAACACUGUUAUGGUCAUGAUAUCGGGACUAUUGACAACGAAACAAGGAUGGAAGCGAAAAAUACCAUUUGCAAGCUAGCUGACUUCACAGAUUCCAAGUUGAAAGAAUUUGAAGCUAAUUUGAAAUACAUCUCAUUGGUUGAAAAGGACAAGGCGAAAAGGUGUGCUCCAUUGAAAAGUGAAAUCAAUAAGGAAAUUAAUGAACUCUUUGCCAAACUUGAAGAAACGCGAAAACAGCUGCUCAAAGAUGUUGACGAUGCUUGUACGAAAGACCUCAAAGACGUGUGGGCACAAAAAGAAUACCACGAGACAGCCAUUACGAACAUGGAGGGUGCUCUGAGCUUUGCCAGAAGAGCUCUAGCCUGCAAGGAAGACACGGAACUACUGGCCCUCUGUGCACAAGUCACCUCCAGACUGCAAGAGCUGAGUCAGCUAAAAUGGGACAUUCAAGAGACUGAGAAAAUUGAAAUAACUACAGUGACAUAUACCCUUGAAGUAUCUGACAAUGUUAGUGUCGGGGAAGUUGGUGUUCGUAUAGAUGAACCAACUAUUGAAAUUGAACCUAUUGAUAUGCCGAGCACCUUUGAACCAUUAAAAACGGUAACAAUUAAAGUGAUGGCAGCCUUCGCCAAUAUUCUAAAUAUCAUGCCUAGAGAUCACCAUAAUCUGGAGCUCAGUGGAACAGUGUCAUAUAGUUUUUACUAUAGCAAAAAGAACAACUUCAAGGAGGUUACCGUAGAAGCUGCUACAAAUCAAAAUGAAUGGACAGUUAGUUUUGAACCUCCAAGCGGAACUACCAGCGUAACUUUAGACCUGGACGCAAGUGGGCAGUAUGGACAACAAUUAGUAGAAGGCUCUGAGACUUUUUGUUUAUGUAAUCCUUGACCUUUAUAUUACGUAUUAUUGUACAUCA